CUCUGUCUAGUAAUAUAGAGUUAAGAGAGAAAAACGUUCAGCCCCUGGAAAAUCAUUUACGUACGCAACCAUAGGAUAUCCAAAGUUGCAGACCCUUUACUUUUAAUCUUUUACCACAAAACGAAAUUCCUUUAUCAAUUUGUAAUUCAACUCAACUCGAGACACAUCACAUCCACGCUAUCAUACGCCAUGGCGAGUCCAGCGGUCGAGAAAGGGAAGAAGGCCCCUACCCAGCAGGGCAACCCCCGUAAGUUCUACUUACCCAUCUGCCGGGAAGGUAGUGAGACUGACAAAAGAAAAAUAGCCGAAGAGACUGAAGUCCAACAAAAAGGCGAGAAUCUCGUGGCUGGGAUCAUCGGAAAAUCCGGCGACGUACUGGAUGAAUCCGGAAGCCCCGUGGGAAAGGUCACAGAAGGAGAUGCCAGCGAUCUAGCUGGAAGCGUGGUCACCGCAACCGGGGACAUCAUCGGAAAAAAAGGCGGUGUCCUAGGUCAUGCGGAGCCGCUCGACGACAAGAAGACCGAGGACGGGGGCUUCAGUCUCAUGGGCGCCGCAAAGGGCAUCAAGGCCGUGGUCGACCCUGCUGAUGGCACUGUCAAGACCAUUAGCCAGGGACUUCCCGUCCUCGACGCCCUCAAGGGGCUCGGCGGCAAGGGAGAAUCAGAAGCCGAAGGGGCCGCAAAGGGCGCCGAGGGCGUCUUGGGCGGCGUGCUGGGCGAAAAGCCGGAGGAGAGAGAUGUCGGAGAAAAGGAACAGAUGACGGAGGAGGCGAAGAAAAAGCUGUUCGAGGAGACUGACAAGGCGGCCGAGGCUGCGCCUGUCGAGGUGAAGGACCAGGAGCCUGCCGAGACAAGGUCGCAGCCGCCGGAGAGCGAGGCGGGCGAGGCGGGCGAGUCCAAGGCUGAGGCUCCUAGCGGACCGGAUACUAAGGCGGCGGAAGAGAAGGGCGAAGAAGUCGCGGAGGAAGCGCCGGAAAAGAAGGGUGAAGAAGUCGCGGAGGAAGCGCCGGAAGCUGAAGGGGUGUCUGAAAAAGCCGAGGAGGCUGCCGAAGGAGCACCCGAGGAAGCCGAGAAGAAAGCCGAGGAGGCUAAGGGAGCGCCAGAAGAACUCGAGAAGGAGGCCGAAGGAGCACCAGAGGAGCUAGAGAAGAAGGGAGAAGAGGCUCCCGAGGAGCUCGAAAAGAAAACAGACGAGGCCCCCGAAGGCGUACCCGAGGCAGCCGAGACGAAAGCCGAGGAGGCUAAGGGAGCGCCAGAAGAACUCGAGAAGAAGGCCGAGGAAGCACCCGAAGAACUCGAGAAGAAAGAAGAGGAGGAGGCCCCCGAGGAAGAACUCGAAAAGAAAGCCGAGGAAGAAGCCCCUGAAGGAGCCGCCGAGGAGGAGGGUCAACCCCUAACCGAGGCCGCCAAAUCCCAACUCGACGAGAUGGAGACGGUCGAGGUGCCCGGCGAAAUGCUUCCCGCCCCCUUCCAACGGUUCGAGGACGCCGAGAUCGACGACGAAGGCAAAGUCAUCUACGAGAACGAGUCGAUCGGCAAAGUCGUCGAAGGCAAGCCCGAGGACCUCGCCGGGCGGGCCAUCUCACCGGGUGGCGCCGUCCGGGACGACGAAGGGUCCGAGAUCGGGCGCGUCGAGCUCAAGUCGGAGAUCGCGCGGGAGAUCGAAGAGGAGGUGAAAGCCGACCUGUCGGUCCUAAAGGGUCUGCGCGUGAAUAAGGGCGGGAACCUGGUCAACGACAAGAACAUGGCGAUCGGGCGCGUCAAGUCCGGCGUCGUCAAGCAGCUCGUCGGGCGCAAGUCGGACGAGCUCGGACGCAUCUGGAACGAUUCCGGCGAGGUCAUCGGCGAGUGCGAAGUCAUCCCCGAGAAGGAGCGGGAGGAGUUCAAGGAGCCGGCGCCUUUCGAAGAUUUCCCCGACGCGACGGUGCAGUCGAACGGCGACAUCGUCAGCAAGGGCGAGGUGAUCGGAAAACUGGUGGACGGUGACCCGAAGAAGCUGAAGGGCAAGACGGUAGACGAGGAAGGCGAUGUCCAGGAUCGCCAGGGAAACGUCCUCGGCCAUGCCGAGAGGUGGGAGCCCGAGGAACCCGAACCCGAGGCGGAGAUCGACAAGUCGAUCCUGGCGGGUAAGCGCAUCAACAAGGCCGGGUUCGCGGUCGACUCCAGCGGCAACAUCUUCGGCCGCGUCUCGGAGGGCAGUGAUAUCAAGAAGCUCAGGGGUCGCAUGUGCAACAAAAAGGGCGAGGUCAUCUCCGAGACGGGCGAUGUUUUGGGCACAGUGGAUCUCGUGCCGGAGGCCGACCGAGAAGGGGCGAAAGAAGGCCCGUUUGCCGAUCUCGGCGAAUGCACUGUCCGAAAGGACGGCAUGGUCAUGACGAAACAAGAGGAUAUUGUCGGCAGGUUGGUGGAGGGAGACCCGAAGGUCCUCUUCGGACGCUUGGUAGACGAGGACGGCGAGGUGCUCGACCGCAACGGCAACUCGAUCGGCAAAGCGGAGCGGUGGGAGCCCGAGGCGCCCCCCGAGAAGGCCAAGGGUCCGAUGGAAGGACGACGGGUCAACAAGCAGGGAGAAGUAUACGACGACGACCACAACCUGAUGGGCAAGCUGACGUCGGGCGACCUCAACGUGUGCGCGGGCAAGGAGAUCGACGGCGAUAACGACGUGGUGGACUCGAAGGGCGCGACGGUGGGCCACGUGUCGCUGCUGGAAGACAUCCCGGCGCCGGAGGAGACCCCCGAGGAGAAGGAAGCGCGGGAGAAGGCCGAGAAGGACGAGAAGCUGGCCCAAGACCUUGCCGGGGUGAUCGAACAGGGUCUCGACAAGAUCCGGCCCAUCUGCAACAUGAUCACGGACAAGAUUGACAAGGCCGAGCGGACGCCCAAGGAGGAGUUGGACGAGGAGGAGCUCGUCAAGCAGGUCAAGCCGCUGAUCGAAGAGGGAGGAAAGAUCCUCAGCGAGAUGAAUGGAUCGAUCCGUGGCAUGGACCCCGACGGUCGCAUUCAGCGGAAUGCCAAGCAGAAGGCCGGCAGCCGGGAUGCUACUCCGGGCGAGUAUCACCUUGCCGAUGUGCUGAAGGAGUUGACUGGCACGGUCACGACGUGCAUCGAUUCGGCAAAGAGGAAGAUUGAAGACAUGCCUCACGCGAAGAAGGAGCUCAACCCGCUCUGGGGACUCUUGACGGAACCUUUGUUCCAGAUCCUAGCGGCAGUUGGACUUUUGCUGGCGGGCGUACUGAACCUCGUCGGUCGUCUGCUGAGUGGCCUUGGACUGGGUGGCCUCGUCGACGGUCUUCUAGGAACGCUGGGUCUCAACCGUCUCCUCGACAGUCUGGGCGUGGGCAGCUUGCUCGGAGGCAAGAAGAAGAAGUAAAGAGACCAAGCAGGCAAGGGCAUCAAUGAUGUUGGCCUGCUCUGCUGC